GCCGGGCUCUGGCAGCUUUCCUGGGGUGCUGCUGAGCUGGGAGGGAGGCAGAUGGAGAAAGCUGGGGGUUUCAUAGCUUGUGGGCUUGGCUAUAAGGUCUGCUGGAAGGAUACCUGCUUGCAGUUAGUCAUAUGGUAAGCUGCACUUAUAUCUUCAUUAAUUCAUCCUUUCUUCUAUGUGAGGGAGAAGUGUAAGAAAAAAGGUGGCAUGAGGUUGCUUUUAACGUAUAAAAUUCCCUCUGUAUAAAGUUAUUCCUCUGGAGAUAUAAAAAGCAAAUUUACAUGGUAUCUCUCAAUUGCACAAGACCAGAUAGCAAAAUCUUCAGUAAAAGGUGAAGAUCUGUCUUGCUAGGUAAUUUUUUUUCCAUCUGCUUUGUUGUUUCACCUCUGUUUCUUUCUAGUUGGGGUUAUCUGGUAAGUGGAAAUUCCCUUCCAGGAGCAGAAAUGCUGACAAGUGAAAGUAGGGCACAACUGGGCAUUUUGGAAAGCCGAUGGGGUUAGGGCAGACUGGGAGCCCUGGGUACUGACAGGGGAGCUGGCAGGGGUUAGUAUCCAUCCAUGGAGUGGCGAGAGGGAACAGGGAUGGGGGAGCAAUGGAGGAAAGCUGCCUGGAAAUAUCAUCCCACCCUCCUCCCCCGCUUUCCUCUCUGUUUAUCUUCUGCCCCUCAAAUCCCACACUUCAAAUCCACAAACUUCAAAUUCUUCUGCCACAGCAGCAGCAGCAGCAGCACACUGCUGUGCAGAGGGGAGAAAAGGGACCACCACAUCCAAAAAAAUCUCCCAGAACUGCUGGAUCUCAUGAAUCUCCUGCAGUGGGAUUUGCGAGCAAAUUAAGUGUGAGCAUUUUUCUAGGAACAGGCCUGGCUGGUGUUACUGCGUACAAAGAGCAUCCAUGGUCUGAAGGCAGUGCUGGAGCAAGCUGAGGCUGUGAAGGAGAUGUGGGUCCUUCCUUGCUCUUUGUUCUGGCAGUCCAGGGGCUGCCAAGCCUUUGUUUGUGGACCUUUGUACUGUAACCAGCUCUGUAAGGGAGCUCCUCCUAUGACGUUUUCCUCUGACUAGCCUGCUCUGAAUACCCGUGGUCCCUGCCAAGGCAUGAAGAGCAUCAGAGCAGGAUAAAUGAUCAUUUUCAGUUUCUGUUUGAAUAGGGUGCUCAAAUUCUUUGGGUAACCCUGAGUAGCUCAGCCACAGACCCUUGCAAACUCCAUGGCAUGCAGGUGGGCAGGUCUCAGCUGUGUCUGUGUGCUUCACGAUAGGGAAAUGUUGUAGGAGCAGCAAAGUGAUGAGAUGCAUGGAAAAGCAUUGGCUGGGUCCAAAACUGGGACUUUCAAAGGAGGCUAAAGCACUGCAUCAAGCAAAGUAAAAUCCUCUGAAUUGGAAUUAUUGGUGGCUACCUGUUUCAGCUUCGUCUCUGUGUAGGUACUGUGUUUCCAGGGUAGACUGCAGAGCAAAGACUUUGCUGGUGUUGGUCAGCUCUUCUGCACCUGUGGUAUCUUCUGACUCAUCCACCUGCUCCCAAAAUGGAGUACACCUGGUAUUGGCUUGAUGAUUCUGGGCACUGGAUUGAGUAUGGGGAAAAGCAUCCGGAUCACUGCUCUGCCACGGUAACAUCUGCAGAUCUGGAGAAAGAAUUUCUAGCUGACCAGAAAGGCACUGUGUUAUUCACAACUGGUUCUCAGAUGUAUGAGUUAGACUUUGAAGACAUGGUCCAAACAAAUUUGACCUAUGGAACUCGAAGAAAAGUUGCCCGAUGGCCAAAAUUUUGGUCCUCUCAAGGUGGACAAGACAGAAGCCAAAACAUGACUCUGUCAUGUUCCAUCUAUCCUCCACAAUGGGACCAAUCUGCACUGCCUGAUAUUGGGUUCAAGUUGGUACAGCUCAGCUGCACUUCCCAUGAGUAUGGGAAAAUUAAGAGGCUGUUUGAGAAGACAAUGAAAAAUUACUGCAUCCACCAAAUGCAGAGGAUCCAGAACCCCACACUUUGGCAAGUUUUUCAGUGGCAAAAGGAGCAGAUGAAGAAGCUCAGUAAAUCAAAAUGGGUGGAUGAGCGACUCCUGUUCCACGGGACAAGUCCAUCCCACGUGCCUGCCAUCUGUGAGCAGAACUUCGACUGGAGGAUCUGUGGGACUCAUGGGACAAUGUAUGGAAAAGGAAGCUACUUUGCCAGAGAUGCCAGCUAUUCUCACAAGUACUGUUCCUCUCAUAGUGGUUGCUACAGCAUGUUUGUAGCUCAUGUUCUUGUUGGAGACUUUGUUCAGGGAAACCCAGAUUACCCUCGCCCUCCACCCAGAGCUGUUAAUUCAAACAGACUUUACGACAGCUGUGUGAACGACCCGACAGACCCUUCCAUCUUCGUCAUCUUUGAGAAGCACCAGAUUUACCCUGCCUAUAUCUUGGAGUACAGCAGUGGGGCCCAAUGUAUGAUCCUGUAAUGAAUGGUGGAACCUCCUUUGAAUUUACACGGAAUAAAUUACACUUUAGUACA